AUGCUUCAACAAUCCUACCGCAUCUUGUUUGCACAUAAUGAUCUCCAGCCUCAGAAAAUCAUGAUAAAAGAUGGAAACCCGGGGGGGUUGAUAUCCGGAGUACUGGAUUUUGGUAAGGCUCUACUUAUAUGGGGCUGGAAGAGUGAAUGGACAGACUACGUGGUGCAAAUUCUUCAAUUAUAUCACGCUGAAUUCUUCAUGUACUCUUUGAUGGAGAAGCUAUUGAUUUAG